AUGGUCUCUGCUGAAUUGACUGUUCGAGUGAUGAUAAUGAGGAAAGUCAAUGGAGAACCUCUGGAUUUUUUGGGAGUGUUUGUACGAAACGGACAACAAGGAGGCAUUGCGGAUGGUCACAUUGGGGCCGAUCAUUCCAUACUAAUGGAUGAUCGAGCUGACGUCGAAGAGGUUGCCUUCAUUGAAGGCUUCAAUGAAUACUCCAAGGAACCACAACCACUUUUACAGGUGCUUCAUUUCUCAGAACAUGGAAAUCUACCCAAUACAGAUAAAACUCUGAGCAAAGUGUUUUACUCCGCUGAAAAUGUGAAAGUGUGCGACGUUGCUCGUUCAUGCCACAAGCACAGCCACGACGAAAAUGGACUUCACAGUAAGCAAUAA